AUGUCGGAACAGAAACCGUCCGUGGGGAGCGGCGGACGUUUUCAGGUGGAUGUAGUGACAGAAGCAUCAUCCACAGCACCGACUCCAGCUCCUCCUGCUCCAUCUGCCCCGGCCUCCACAGAUGAAUACAAGCCCCCUGAGGAGUCCAAAGCCCGCUCCAGGUCGGUGGGGUUCAUGGACCCAGGUGCGCUUGGCAGUGCGAUGGACAUUGGUCUCCCUCCUGAUGUCCUCCACGAACCGGACACUAUGAGGAGCGACUCUGUCAGCCUCCAUUCAACAGGCACGGGACACACACAUAUCUCAGACUCUCACUCUAACACCUACUACAAUCGGACCUUCGGGCACAACACCAUAGACGCUGUGCCAAACAUCGACUUCUAUCGGCAGACCGCUGCGCCUUUCGGAGAGAAGCUGACCAGACCUUCACUGUCUGAGCUGCACGAUGAACUCGAUAAAGUAACACACACACACACACACACACACACACACACACACACACACACACACACACACACACACACACACACACACACUGAAAUCAUCAUGAGAUUUCUCAAACACUGCAUCAUGUUUCAGUGAGAUUAUGAAAAGUAUAAAGGAGGCAUGAAUGGUAGGGACGAAUCUGAACUUAUCACUAAAGACAACUCUCAAAAGUAAGUGAAAAACAGAUCAGUGAAGAGAAGCCCUGCAUUUAAAAGCGAAUACAUUGUACUUUAGUAUCAAGUAAGGUUCUUUUGUUGAAUUAUGUCCAAAUCUUUGGAGCUGGAUCAAAUAAGAGGCCCUGUUAUCAGAGUACAGCCAUAGAAAAGAACCGAGCCAAGCAUGAGAAGUUUUGAUAUUUGGCCUUAAAAGUAUCAAAGCAAAACAACAACUAUGAACUUCUGUCUCAAUUUUAUUGAUAACUUUUAAAUAACUGACCUCCAUUUUCAUUUCUUUACCUCCAGCAUAAACAAGCACAGUAGUGUGAAGAGUCAACAAAAAAAAGCUUGCAGUCAGCCUGCAAAGAAGUUUUUUGAUCACCCUUAAAGCCCUUAAAGCCCAAUUAUUUUACCACGGCCAUAUCUGCUAGGCACUGGACCCCUUGACUUCACACACCUACAUGACACCUUUGACUUUUUGUUUCUUUAGUCUCUGUUGGGAUAAAAUCUCCCCCCUGACUCAAACCAACUGGAGUCUACUUAUUGCCAUAACAGAAAAUGUUUUCCACUCAUUUGUGUCUCAGAGACCCUGAGUGGGCUCUGUGACAUCACUGCAGGCAUGACUGGGAUUCACAAUGCUGCCUCUCAUGACCCUGCAGCAUCCCACUCCUCUGACAGGACGAGGUAGCUGCAACAUAGACCGACAUUGUACAGAGACAGCGAGCAGUAAGCGUGAUGCUCGGUGACAUCACAGUGACUUUAGAGGUGGAGAAAAAAAACUGAUCAGACUGAUGUUUGCAGCACAUCACACAGUAAAAAUAUCUCAUUUCCCUCAUUUCAUAGGCAUGGAUCCUCUUGAAGCAGUGUGUAAAUAAUAUCAUUAGAUAUUUGUUGGAUGUCUCAUACGACUUCAACUCCCCUUCAGUUAGGAUUAGGCCUGAGCCUGUGGUUGGAAUAAUCAAUCAAUCAAUCAAUUAAUCAAUCAAUCAAUCAAUCAAUCAAUCAAUCACUCUUUAUUUAUAAAGCACUUUUCAUACAUAACAUGUAGCACAAAGUGCUUCACACAGAAAAAGGAAUAAAGAAACAAAGAAUACCCAAAUUUACCCCAACCCAAGACUAAAAGAAUACCCAAAUCAACCCCAGCCCAACCCCUCAUUCCCACCCCACGAUCUAAUUGCAACAGAAACAGUAUUAAAAUGCAUAAACUUAAAAAGGCUUGAUUUCUUGGAAACAGGAAUGUGCGCACUGAGGAAACAUAAUUUUAAAACUCAGGAUAAGGAAAGACUGGAGGUUUAAGUUAAAAUCAAAAAACAAAGGAACAAAGAAUGAAAUUUAAUAAAUAAUUAAUAAAAACAAGAGUAAAAGAUACUAAAAUAAGAGCACCAAAAUAGCUCAAUAAAAGAUGAUCCUGUGAUUAAAACUAGAAAGAGAUAAAUGCUAAAACACCUUAACAGAGUUAAUGAUAUAAAAUUUAGUUAAAAGCAAGACUAAAAAAACAAAUGAAAAAUACGCUGUCGUAGAAGUCUUGUAGUGAUAGCUGCACUUCUGUGGACAGGCUCUUAUGACAAUUCUGCAGCUGUAAACAUUUAUGCUGUAAACACUUGUGCUUUUUAUCCUCACAUAAUUAAUACACCUGCCGAAAGGUUGCCACCUUCUAAUAAACCUGAAAACAGGAAACAAGGGUUUGAACACUAAAGUGCAAGUGAACUGUGAUUGGAUUAAUCUGCUGAACAGCACAUUGAUAUAAUUGUUUCAGUUCUGUCAUUCUAUUUGUUGUUCACUCUGUCCCCCUGUGCUGUGAUUGGUUGUUAGGAGCCAUUUGAGGAUGGUCUGGCCUAUGGGGAGGAGCCGUCAGCAGUUGAAGAGGUGGCAAUGUUGGCGGCAAAAGAAGGGAAAGGAGGAAUGAUCAAAUUUGGAUGGGUCAAAGGAGUCUUGGUGAGUGUUCUGAUGAAGUCAUGAAACAUGAGCAUUUGUCUGCUGCUCUGUUUGUUAGUUUGAUCAAAUAUGAUUAAUUAAGAAAAAGACAGCAGCUGUUUUCAUUGUGAUUGACCAUCACAUUGACCAUGUGAGCAACAAACUGGACCCCCUUAUACUGUGUUUGUGUUGUAGAUCCGCUGUAUGCUGAAUAUCUGGGGUGUGAUGCUCUUCAUUAGGAUGUCCUGGAUUGUCGGACAGGCUGGAAUUGGUGGGUAUAAGCCACAAACUGUCUGAUAUAUGUGUGGUAUGGAUGUAAACACACUCUGGAUCAUGCUAAAACCUGGCUCAUACUUCAACAUCAGACCUCUGCUGACGCAUAUGUCAUAGUUAACUGUGUACUUGCCCACAAAGCCUACACACUUAGCCUGAUGCGCAUCUCCUCAAAAAUGUAAUUAUGCAUUUUUGCUUGCAGUCAGCCUGCAUUAUGCAAUAAUUAGGCAGCACAGAACACAAGCCCUGUGUUUGGUCUGUUUUGUGGCGGGUAAUUCCAGUAUCACCGCCAUCCUUGUCUCUCAUCUCAGCAGCCGUAUAGUCUGUCUUCUCCAACAGCUCCCCUUUUGCUUUAUUUUGCAAAAACAGCAUCAUAGUCACCAUUUACACAACAAAUGCCAGCUCCAAAUUAUCCCCGCCUCUCCUAAAACUGUAGAUCUAGACUCAGCUUGAAUCAAAUUAACUAAGUCUGCUUAGAAUCCAGGUGUGGAGAUCGAUGACGAGCAAACAGUGUAUCAAAAAUACAGUGCUUCAAUGUUUUGGAACAUUAACACAACAACGACAAAAACAAUAAGGGCUCUAUUUUCGUUCGCGCCGGUGAGGCGGCGGAGGGCGUCGAGCCACGCGCAGUUGUAUUUUCGUCUGGCGGAGCCCGGCGUAAGGCCAAUUUGGUAUUUUCGUGGACUGAGCCGCACGGAGGCGAGCCGAGAUCCGCCAAGCUGGGCGUGGUGGCGUGGCAGGGGGAGGUGUCGACAGAAUCAGCAGGCGCAGUGACAUUUUCGUGCUCACCAACGGCGUGUAAAGUGCGCUGAAAGCUCGCCGAUUCAAACCUGGUCAGCUUUCAGCGCAAGGCGGAACGCAGCUGGUCCAGUAGUAUUUUGGUAGACCGGCGGCGUAUCGACAUACAUCACUGAUGCCUCACCGGCAGGUUUCCACAGUGUCAGGCAGAUUUCAGUGCAAUAAAUAAUCAUCAUCAACUAUUAAUCUGAGUCAGCACAUACAUUUAGAUCUAUUUAGAUAUAUUCUGAUCUAUAUCUGAUCUGAUGAGCGCGUUUGGCACGCGUUUGGACACACAACCUGACCGAAUCAACACAGCUGAAACUGCAUCAAAUUAAAUUAAAUAUCUAUUAAAUAAACACACAUGAUGAAGUUAACAAGAUAUGUAAUGUGUCUCCCUCCUUUUCUUUCUUCCUCUUCCUCUUAUUUCUCGCACAGCUCAACCUGGACACGUCUCCGUGUCCUCUGUCCCUCUUGCUGCUGCUGCAGCUGAACAGAUGAUUUGUUUCAGUGCUCAGAUGCGUGAUCUACUUUAAGCCGACAUACGGAUAUUAUGAUAUUCAGUUUUGUGGGCCAAAUUUAUUUUAUAUGCCAACAUCUAUGAAAGAAAGAGCCAGGCCACAGAGCGCGAUGCGUCAUUUACGCACAGAUGGUUCCGAUUUUAAUGCCAUUUUUGGAGUUUAUGUUGUGAUCUGUGCGCUCAACCCACCUUUGUCACGUGAGGUUUGAAUAUGAACAACUUUAUGUGAGUGUCUUUAUUUGUGGAAAAGGGUGUUUGUCUUACCAGUGGGUCCAACAUUACACACACUAAAUCCAUCUGUGCUCAUAUGAGAGAGUGUGGAGGACACUUGUUGAGGAGCUGCCCUCUGUCGCCAUCUUGUGGCAUUACUGUCUUAAGACAUCUCUUGAUCUCUUUGACUACUUCAUGAAAAUAGUAAUACGCCUCGCCUGUGGCGGAUUUAAAGGCAAGGAGAGGAGCUUAUGUGAUUGGUGAAAACAGGUCUCGGCUGUGUUAAACCAACUACACGCCCUCUCUCCUCCCCGUCUACGAUUUAUGCUGCUGGGAGGAGCUAAGUUAGGGAGGGGGGAUACUUACGCCGGGCUGCGCGGCUCACCAAAAUACCAAAAUGUGCUUGGGAACGCCUUGUCAGCGCGGCGGAUCUGACUGACGCUGCGCUUGCGGCACGUCUCCGACGAGGCACCAAAAUAGAGCCCUAAAUGUGGGAGAAAAUUCAAAGACAAUAAAAGAGAACAAAAAUAAUACAUAAAGUGAAUCAACUCAGGAGGAGAACAAGUUUUUUUUUUUUCUUCCACAGUGGAGACCAUAGGACAAAACGCACUGUUGCAUAUUCUGCAGGUUCCCAGUGCUCUCUGAUGUCCCUAGUAUAACUAAGAGUGGGUCUGGCCUUAUUGUAGUCUCAAGGACUUUUGAGAAAAAUGAAAACACAGCUAUCCAGAACUCUUCUAGUUUGGGGUAUAAUAUAUAACUACAGAGCAAGUUUUGCCUCUGUUUGAUUAAAUUUUUCACAGAUUGGUGAUAUUUCUGGUAAGAUUCUGUGUAAUUUUACUCUUGAGUAGUGCAGUCUAUGCAAGAUUUUGUACUGAAUCAAGCAGCAUUCAGGGAGUAUGUCUAGCAUUCGGGGAGCGAAUGUUGAUAAACCUCAGGCUUUCCUUCCAUAUUUCCUGUGGUAUUCCCACACCAAGUUCUGCUUCCCAGUCUUCCUUGAUGCGUUUCAUGUUCACCUGAUAUAGCUCCUGCGAUGAAUCAUAUAACUGAAACUGCAUUCCUCUCCAAUCUGGAGUCAAUCUUUGAGGCAGUUGUCUAGCUUGUCAGAGGUGGCAUUUUCAAAAUGGUCUAGGUGCAUCCUUACAAAAUCUCUGACUUAGAGAUAUCUAAAAAAAUUCCAGUUUUGACAAAUUUCUUCUGUAGUUGCUGAAAUGAUGCAAAUAAGCCAUUAAUAUACAGAUCUCCCAAACUGUACAGUCUGAAUUCUUUCCAUCUGUCAAAGCCUCCAUCUAUGAUAAAAGGGGUAAAUGAGGGAUUUGCUUAUAUUGGGAGUGUGAAAGAUAGCUUCCUAAGUUUGAGUUGUUUUGAUAUUUACCUCCUUAUUUGAAUCAUGCUGUGUAUGAUUGGGUUAUAGUUAUAAUAGGAUUUUUUAAGGUGGAUGGGAGACAUCACAAUAGCACCAAUCAAACAGGGAAUACAAUCCUCUUGCUCAAUAUCCAACCAGCUGGCAAGUACCACUGUCUCAUUCAGCCGAAAGGAGAUACACCGAAUGUUUGCUCAUAAUAGUACCUUGCAAAGUCUGGAAAGGCCAAUCCACCGUAGGUUUUACUCUUACACAAAUGUCCCUUUCUGAUCCUGUGCAUUUUGUAAUUUUAAAUAGAUGAAAGAAUCAUAGAGUCUAGUUUUUUAAAGUAAGAUUUACUGAAAAAGAUGGCUAAAUUUUGAAAAGGCACAGUAACUGAGGGAGACAGACCAUUUUAACUACAUUGACUCUACCUAUCAGGGAAAUAAGGAGAGUUUUCCAGAACUCUAGUUUGUUAAGUACACACCGCACUGGCAUCAGCUCACUUUUUGUUCAGUUCACAUUGUACCCGGAGAACGAACUAAGUAGAUCAAUUGUCUUCAAUAAAGUGGGUAUUGAAAUUUGUGGCUCUGUGAUGAAGUUAAAAAUAUCAUCUGCAUAUAGUGAUAUUUUAUUUGAGGUAUAAUCUGCGUUGUAACCAUGAAUUUCCUUAUUUGUGCGAACAGUCGUUGCUUAGGGUUCUAGUGCUAGUGCAAACAACAAUAGGCUAAGUGGGCACCCCUGUCUAGUGCCUCUAUGUAGGUUAAAUGUCUCUGACAUUGUCUGAUCAGUGAGAACUCUGGCACUGGGAUUUGAGGAAAGCAUUUUUAUCCACAAGAUAAAUCUUGUUCCAAGUCCGAAUUUUCCUAAUACUUCAUACACAUAUGGAAAUUCUAUGCACACAAAAGCUUUUUCAGCAACCAAGCUCAGAAUGAAAAGAUUUUCUUUUUGAUGUCUGGGGAAUACAGAAUAUUAAGUAAGCAUCUGACCUUAUGAAAUAAGAGUUAGAUAGAGUUAGCAGUGACACUGGUCUAUAUGAGCCCAUCUGCUCUAGGUCCUUCCCUUUCUUCAAAAUAAGCGUUAUUAUAGCCCCAUUCAGUGUUGAUGGCAAUUUGCCAACUUCCAGGGACUUCUAAUACAUCCUAAGAGAUGAAGAUAUUAUAUGGCCAAAUUUCUUAUAAAACUCUUUACAAAUCCUGUCUGGUCCUGGGCUUUUGCCAUUCUUUGGAUAGUUGAUUGUUUUCCUAAUAUCUCCCUCUGUAAAUUCCAUUUUCUAGUGAAUUCUGAUCACUCUCUGACAAUGUUGGUAACUGACAUGCAUCUAGAAACUGUUCCAUAGUCUCAGGUGCAUGUGCCUCAGAGCAGUACAGGACUUCAUAAUAUUGGCAAAACACUUUCUUAAUAUCCUUGUGUGAAGUGACAAGGGCACCAGUGCCUGAUCUAAUCUUAUGAAUAGCUCUAUCACUUUACCUUUUCUGCAGUUGUCUUGCUAACAUUUUGUGAGGUUUAUCCCCAAAUUUAAAGAAGGUCUGUUUAGUAACAAUAAAAGCUUUUGAAUUUUUUUCAGAAACAAGUGUGUUAAGCUCAUAUUUGAGGGCUGAAGUUUUAUUGUACGUCUCUGCAGAGGGCGGGCAGCAUUUUCUGCAUCUACUAUCUGCUUUUGAUUAUUGCGUUUCUUUUGUGAGGAUUGAUAGGAAAUGAUGCAUCCUCUUGUCCUGAUCAGGUUUUGCGUUGGUUUUGCUAAGCAUUUUUGACGUGCCUCUUCUCGUUUAAAAAGUUCAAAAUCUGUUGCUUGGUAAAUUUCCGAAAGUUUGAUUAAAAUGGUUUUGUUAAAAUGGAGUUUUAAACUUAAAAUCUGCAAGAGCCUCCGGUGAGUGCGACCUACUCACUCAUGGCUCAACAGUGCUCCCCCUUUCAGGUUCAUGUUUCCUUCAUUGCUCUAUUCUGUGGAUUCACCCUCUUUAACAUCAGGAGGAUAGACCCUACCUGACAGAGCAGCAUCACAGCUCCUGGUCCAGGCUCUAUCAUGCACAGACUACUGUAACUCCUUAUUGGCAGGCCCACCUGCAUGCAACCCAAAACAGCGCAUCACUUCGCUGUUCAUCUCUCGAUGGCUUCCAGUAGCACAGAGCACAGAAUCUAAAAUCCAACUUACUGCCUGCAAAACUGCAACAAAAUCAGCUCCUGCCUACUUGCAGUCCCUCACGUCCCCCCAGAUCUGGACUCCCUGGUGCUCCUAUUCCAACAUAUUCCAACAGGGCCUUAGGCCACUCACCAGCGUCUUCUCCUCUGUUGUCCCUCAGUGGUAGAAUAAUUUAUUAAACUCUAUUCGAUCUACAGUCUCUUUAUACCUUUAAGAAAAAACAAAGACUGAGCUCUUAUGAGAACACCUGAACCUCUCCUCUCUAGACCCCAUCUAACCAUUACAGUGAAGUUUUUGUUCACAAUGCUUUUUUAAAAAUUCAGCAUGAGUUUUAUGUAUUUUGGAUGUAUUUACUCCAUGAUCAGAUGUUGCUUUCAUGGAAAUGCACCAUUUUACUUCAUUUACCUUUAGAUAUACAUUGAUGUUAACAGACCAUUACCAAAUAUACUGUAUGUCAGCAAAAGAUUAUAAGGGCUUAGUUUUAGGGUUGAAAACAUUUGCAAGAGUCACAACUUCAGUGCAAAAGCAAAAAAACAAAUCACAGUUGGAUUAUUCACUUCAACUUUUUGGCUUUUAAGAGUCUGCAUACAAAAAUCCUAAUAAAUCUCAACUGCGUUCAAACUACCGCAAAAAUGGCUAGAAAGAAGCAACUGAGUAAAGAAACAAAAGUACAGAUUUGUCCAUUAAGGAAAGAAGGAUACACAGAAAGAGAAAUUGCAAAACGCCUAAAGGUGUUUAACAAAGGAGUCCACUACACUCUGAAGAGACUAGAGGAACCUGGAAGUUAUGAUGAUAGAAAAAGACCUGGACGAAAGAGAGUUUCUACAAAAGCAGAGGAUAAACAUAGCAUUGUCAUCAGUAAGAGAGAUCGGUGAAAGACACCAUCACAAAUAAGGGAGGAAAUCAACAUUACAAGGUCGAAACCCAUAUCUCUGACAACGGUGAAAAGACGUUUGAGAAAGGCUGGUCUGAAGGGUUGUGUAUCUGCAAAAAAACACUACUUUAUCCACAGAACAAGAAACAAGUUUGCACUGUUUGGUUCAAAACGCAGAGUCUAUGUCCACAGACAAACUGGUUAACGUCUGAAAGAAGCAUGUGUUACACCCACAAUUCAGCAUGGAGGUGGUAGUUCCAUGGUAUGGGGAUGUUUUGCAAGUGAUGGAGUAGGAGAUUUGUUUUAAGUUAAGGGUAUCAUGAAGAAGGAGCAGUACCACUCCAUCCUCCAGCACCAUGCUGUUCCAUCUGGACUCAGACUUGUGGCUCAUAAGUUUGUUUUGCAGCAAGACAAUGACCCUAAGCACUCUGCCAAGCUCUGUCAGGGUUACCUAGACAAAAAAGAAGAGGAAGGUGUUCUUCAAAAGAUGGUUUGGCCCCCUCAGUCUCCAGACCUUUCUCCAAUUGAGCUUGUGCGGAAUGAAUUGGAUCAGUGGGUCAGAAAAAUGCGUCCCAUGAAUCAACAGUCUCUUUUCAAUGAACUUAAGAAAGCUUGGAAUGCAAUCCCUGGAACAUACCUUAGAAAACUUGUGGAAUGAAUGCCUGGUAUGUGCCAAGCUGUUGUUAAAGCCAGAGGAGGUUACUUUAUAGAAAGCAAAGUCUAAGCAACAAUAACUCCAAUAAAAUCUAAAAUUAUUGUCAAAAUGUCUUCUGAUAAGUUACUCUUUACACAGUAGUCAUGUUUAUUGUGUUGCAAAUUAUAUAUAUGAAACUGGUCUUUUUUUAUACAAAUCUGAUCUGGCUUCCAAACUUUUGGCCUGUAGUGUAUCUAACAUAGUUUGGUGCUGAGGUAUUCAGAUUAUUCUGCUAAAACCUCAGAUAACAAUGUUUUGGUGUUGUUUGUUUAUUUGAAAAAAACAGGACUGACCAUUGGGAUUAUUCUAAUGGCCACUGUGGUCACCACCAUCACUGGUUUGUCCACAUCUGCGAUAGCAACCAAUGGAUUUGUACGAGGAGGUAAGACAACAAUGUUGAAUUUAUUUUUGUAGAGGAUUCAGGGUCUGUGAGAGCAAAAAAAUUCAUAUGUAAAGAACUUCUACAGGCUGUGAAAAGCUUGGCAGUGUGCGAAAAGCUUUUGAAAGGUUUCUGGAACAAAUAGUCACUCGUGUUGUCUAGCUGAGAGGUUAAAGGACUAAACGUUCUUGUAUCUUUCAUGAGUCAGCACCCCCUGAAAGUUAUAAGCAUAAAUCAUAGUAAAGAAAAUGAAGCCUGUGUUUAUAAAAAACACAAAUAUCUCAAGUUUCUCCCAAAGAGACUCCUGAAGUUCCUGAACUCUUUUAUUCUCUAAUUGUGUAUCACCACUUUUCAGGAGGGGCGUACUACCUGAUCUCCAGGAGUCUGGGUCCAGAGUUUGGAGGCUCCAUAGGUCUCAUCUUUGCCUUUGCCAACGCUGUAGCUGUGGCCAUGUAUGUUGUGGGCUUUGCAGAGACGGUCGUAGAGAUGCUAAAUGUGAGAAACACUUCAUUAGAACCACUCAAACACCUGUCUGUCUGUCUGUGUGCUGUGCUCUGACUCUGUUACUGAUGAUGUUUUGGUUCUGUCUGCAGGACGUUGACGCUUUGAUGACUGAUGAGCUGAACGACAUUCGAAUCGUGGGGACUUUGACUGUCAUCCUGCUGCUGGGAAUCUCUGUGGCAGGGAUGGAGUGGGAGGCAAAGGUAAGACAGUGAAGCCAGAAAAAGGCAAUCUUCAAACCCAAGAAACAGCACCUAUGGAUUUCAUGUGUGCCGUGCUGCAUGUGUUAUGUACCUUAUUAUAUUAUCUGUUGUGUAUUAUAAAACUAAAUCACAUGGUCAAAGUUCAUCACAGUACUGUAGAGCUGCCUGUGUGUGCCAAAACUUUAAACUCAGAGGAAAGUGAAAUCUCACCGAUUGUGUAAGUGGAAAUGGAAGCUCAUCUUAAUCAUUUUCUCCGUCCUGUCACCGUCCAUCAGGCUCAGAUUGUCCUCCUUGUGAUCCUGCUGGGAGCCAUCGUUAACUACUUCAUAGGAACCUUCAUGCCAACAGAAAGCAAAGAGCCCAAAGGAUUCUUCGGCUACAACAGUCAAUCUAAAACUUAUUAUUCUGUCUUAUUCUGUUCAACUAUCAGCCUGUGCUGGAAUUUCAAUAAAACUCUGUAUUAAAAAAAAUGGUCUUUCUUCCAGGUGCCAUCUUCUUAGAGAACCUGGGUCCAGACUUCAGGGAAGAGGAGACAUUCUUCUCAGUGUUUGCUAUAUUCUUUCCGGCAGCCACCGGGAUCCUGGCUGGAGCUAACAUAUCUGGAGACCUCACUGUGAGUUUCCGAUUUUGCAUCUUUUAUCUGUGCAUUUUGUUUGAAUUCACACUCUUAUAUAUUGUGAUUGAAUAUUGCUGUUGCAAUGCAGACUGAAAAACAAAACUCAGGCGAAACCUUCUUUUUGCUGAUGAGGAACAACUGCUGUGAUUUUAUGAACCCAGUUAUUCCAAUGUCACUGAGUCUCAAGGAGUUUUAGGAAGAAGAACUUGUCAUUAAGCUUCCUUCCAAAUUCUAGACUUUCUUUGGCUUUUAAUACUUAAGUCACCCAGAGUAGCACUGCAUAGAGUGAAUCAACACUGCUUUUGGUGUACAUCAGGGUUCAUUCCUGGGCCCUAUCGUGUUUGUUUCAAUACAUGUAAGGAGGCUGUAGUCCUUGUCACAGCAGUCACUGGUUUGAUUCCUGGCCAUGACCCUUUGUCUCUUUCAGCUGCUUAAUCAAUUAAAGGCAAAAAUACCCCAGCAUACAUAAAAACCUUUCUGGUUGCCCUUAACCAUUAAAAAUGUUGCAUUAUUUUUAGUUCUUCCCACUGCAGCUUGAGUUAAGUGUUUGAAAUGCUUUGACUGCAGGUAAAUGAUAACCUUAGUUAAGCUAACUACAUGUUCAUGUCUGAUUUUUUUUAAUAACAAUAAGUCUUGAAACUCCUAUGACAAAUUUUACUCUAAAAAACUAAUUAAUUGUUGGAUUUUACUUCAAUUUUUCGUUUUAUUUGCCUCAGUUUUCCUGUUUUCUUGCCUUACACUGUUUUGUUGUAAGGCAAAUACAAUGACAAUUAGGACUAAAAUCUUGAAUUUUGAAAGCUUAGAUUUCUUCAUUUUUAGGACCCUCAGUCAGCGAUCCCAAAAGGCACUUUGCUGGCCAUCCUCAUCACAGGAGUCACCUAUGUGGCUGUCGCCAUUUCUACAGGUAAUAGAUAAACUUGAGGUAAUGAUAAUAAACUUCAGUAUAAAUCCCAGUCAGUGUCUUUUCUUAGUAUGGCAUUGUUUAAGUUGACUUAGUCAGACUACGGAGACAAAGCAAUAAAGAAAAACUGAAUCCAUGUGAGACAGAAAAGAGUUUACUUCGGCAACCUUAAAUCAGAGUGUGUGCUGUUUUUUCUCCAACUUCAGGGGCUUGCAUCGUCAGGGACGCCACUGGUGACCACAACGACACGGUGAUCGACGCAGUGAACUGUACUGUACAGGACGCAGCCUGCUCUCUGGGCUAUGACUUCUCUAUCUGUAAGGAGGGUGGCUGCCAGUAUGGCCUGAUGAAUGACUUCCAGGUGACACACACACACCCAAGUCAUGUAACAUAAAAAUACUUUUAAUUACUACAACUGCAGGAUGGACCGCAGUGUCAUUCUGCACUGCUGGGUAAUCCAGUUUUGUGUUGCAGAAAUGAACCAAUGGAACUGCAAAAAGUGCUUGUGCUAAUGACUUUGUCCCUAAGCCAAAGAUCCUACUGGGACUGCCACCAUUUUUUCUCCAUCCAGAGAAGGUCAUCUAAUCAUUAUUUUAAAAACUAAUCUUUUAAAAAGCCUAGAUUAAUCUCUGAAUUUAAAAAGUUCAUGGAAAGAAUUCAAAAUGAAGACAAAAUAAGUUUAAUAAACAAAAGUAAAAAUAUAACCUGUAAAAAGUUCCAACCAAAAAUUCCAAAACCUUUAAGAAAACAAGGAGCAAUACGAGAAAACUUGAGCCCAUGAGGAGACAAGCAGACACAAUGAACCAACACUGAAGGAGGGAAAGAAUAUACACAAAAAUAAAAGAGCAACAGGUGCAAAGAACAAGACCCAGGUAAGACCAGAGCAGACCCAAGCCUCAAUGGGGCCCUAAGCAAAAUUUGAUUUUGGGGCCCUCUAUUUCUGCCAAUAAUAUUGAUUGUUGAUCAUUCACUCACCUUCAUCAAUCUCUUUGAUUAACAUUCCAUGACAUGCAAACAUACCUUUAUCUUGGCAUUUUUUCUCUUCUUCCUCUUUCUUUUCUCUGCUUCUAAAGGACAUGUCCUUUUUUGCGACAUUGUUUUGCCCCACAACUACCUGUGCUUUGGAUGCUCAGUGCACAUUGCACAGCUUUGACAUAUCGGCAGUAAGAAUCAUAGGCCUACAUCAGCAGCAGCACUAAAAUGAUUUUACUUUAUUCAUUUAUUUAUUUAUUUUACAAUAAUAUAUAUUUGAUCAUACAGAAAGCAUCAAUAAUAAAUGCAGAAAAAAAAAAAACAUUAUUAUUAUUAUUAUUAUUAUUAUUAUUAUUAUUAUUAUUAUUAUUAUUUUAUUGUUCUUGGUGGCCCCCUAUUGGCCGCGGGGCCCUAAGCAGGCGCUUAGUUCACUUAUGCCUUGGGCCAGCUCUGGAGGGAAACACAGGAAGUCAAAAUCAAAUAGGAAACACCAGAACCAUGUUAAACCAGUGCUCUGAUCACAACCUGAGACUCAGUCUCCCACAUCAGUGACUGGUCUGCAGUCAGUUUCUUUUUAGCCGUGCUGAAGUUAACUUCUUUGAUUUAGUUUAGACCUCUGUCAGCACUUUUUCUAAAAAGUACCAAUUUUAGAUAAAUGACAGGCAGCCCUCAUUCACAGAUGUGAAGACUUUUCCAUACUGUGAAAGAUGGUCUUUUCAAACUAAAACAUCAGCUGGUAGAUUAAUCUCUAUCAGCGAUGUCCUUAAGUAUAGGGACUCUUUCCUGCCUUUUCAUAUCCUUCAUAUUCACAAUAUUCUCUCUGUUAAAGUGCAAGAGUUGAGUUUAGCAGGCUUAUAAAUGACUUACCAAUAAAAUCAAACAGUCCAAUUACUCAGGUUGAAAAAAAUAUUGAGUCUGAGCACCUCCGUGGCAAGUUUUAUUGACUUUAUGCGAAAAGUGUAGGGUCAAAAAAUGACAAAGAAAAUACACAAUUUUUUGUUAAAAUAUUUCUAUUAAUCAUGUAAAAUUAUAAAGCCCAUUAAACCACAUUAACAGACUAUUUAAUGAAUUACACCUGCAGAUACUUUUGUGGUUGGUUAUCACAACUCUGAUUCAUGUUAAACUAUUGUUGUGAUCAUGUAGAUGCAUGCGUGUGUGUGUGUGUGUGUGUGUGUGUGUGUGUGUGUGUGUGUGUGUGUGUGUGUGUGUGUGUGUGUGUGUGUGUGUGUGUGUGUGUAGGUGGACGUUGUCAAUGCUCUCAUUCAGUUCUCGUCUCCAGCCAGCAGGAACCUUGUGACUCAAAACAACAGUCACUAUUAUCACUGCUGCACUCUGUUUGGGAACAAUGCUCACACACUUACACACACAAACACAAACACACACACAAACACACAUAUAAACACACACACACAGAGCUCACUGACACUGAUAUCUCUGACAUGCUGCACACUUGUCCUCUACUGCGGACAGAAAUGUUCACUUGAACAUGUCAUUACACUCUGCUGUAGAGUGAACUCCUCUCUCUCCUCAUUUCUUCCUUUACUUCUUCAUCCGUUGACUCCGUCAUAGUGAUGUUUCAAAACCUCAGAGUUGUUCCUGAAUUUAGUGAAAGCUGCAGAGAUUAUGAUAACAAGCAAAAACAAAAAGUCCCUCCAGCGUGUACUAUCAUUUCCCAAAAACAGAAAGAAGAAUUUAUUUGAAUAGAGUUUGAACCUAACUCCAUAAUUAAUGUCUGUGAAUGUAAAGCUGCCUCUCGCUAUAAGCAGAGCAUAAGGCCUGUUCUUACCUUUAAGUAGAGGAUAGGAGAAUGAACAAAGCAGAAAAUGGGGUAGGAGAAAAAUGUUGAAAUAUGGUCUUAUCUGAAAAAGUCUUUGUCUGGAUGGCAGCAGAUGCUGCUCCCAGUGUGCAGAUGUGGAAGCUACCCAUGACAUGGACUCUGAAGAUCCCCAUCAGGGAUGCUAGCUUUGGACUGGGAGCUGAGAACAAGUCGGGUGAACCCUCUACAUCAGACUACAGACCAGUCCUCCCCUCAGUUUUUGCCUUUCGUUCAGUUUCUGUUGUUGUUGUUGUUGAUAGUUUGAAUCUUAAAGGUUUGUGUUUUGUGUCCUUCUUUCGUCCAGGUGAUGAGUCUGGUCUCAGCCUUUGGUCCUCUGAUCUCUGCUGGGAUAUUUUCAGCGACUCUGUCCUCAGCGUUGGCCUCGCUGGUCAGCGCACCUAAAGUAUUCCAGGUCAGAAACCAUCAAAUUUAAUUAACAUAAAAAAAGUCAGACAUUUGUGUUUAAUAUAUGAAGCGUCCGAUGAACCUCAUCAGUGGGUAAAUUCUGCUCGGUUUGCACAGUGAUACAGAAGGCCACAGUGUGCUUUAAACUAUGAACAAAAACUAGUUUGUACAGUUUCAUUGGAGAAUGUAUGAGUUUCCUUCAGGUCUUUCACAUUGUGAACUAAUUUUGAAUACAAACCUGGACCAUGUAAACCAGCUUUGGUACCAUGAAGGCUUGUAUUUUCAUCUCAGAAAGAUCCAACACCUGCCAAAAUCCUUAAAGUCAAAUCUCUCCCUCUAAAAAUUGAAAUAACACGUUUCUGCACACUCUGAUGAACUGAAUGAAUAACUGAACGAAUGAAUAAGGCUGUUGCUGUGGUUUCAGGCUCUGUGUAAGGACAACAUCUAUCCAGGACUGGGUGUGUUUGCAAAGGGUUAUGGGAAGAACAACGAGCCUCUGCGUGGUUAUGUUCUGACCUUUUGCAUCGGACUUGCCUUCAUCCUCAUUGGUAGGAUGUACUUAGACUCCAGCUUCAGUGUUUAGAUUCCAUUUUAAAGGCCUGAAUAAGAACCAGAGAGUAUUAAUAGCCUCUGUUGUCAUUCGCCAGCUGAGCUGAACAUCAUCGCUCCCAUCAUCUCCAACUUCUUCCUGGCCUCCUACGCUCUCAUCAACUUCUCUGUCUUCCACUCCUCGCUGGCCAACUCUCCAGGUAAACUCUUGGUCUGCUCCCAACCUGUCUCAUUAUUAACUGAAAAACAAAUUUUAUAUCUAUAAUUUAUCAAAGAUGUUAAAAGUUCACACUUUUGUCACAUUAGGUUCCUGUUUCAUCUUCCUUUACCCUCAAGUGUACAUGUAUAUCAGUAUAUCACACACACACGUAUCAUUUUCAUGCUCAACAGAGCCCAUGACACAUUUUCAAAGCUGUAAACUGUAACUACCGAAACUUUAACUGUAAAUUUUAUUCAAAUAAAAAAACAAUUCAUACCCUGUUAUUAUUCUGUCUCUUGUCCCUGUACAGGGUGGCGCCCUAGCUUCAAGUACUACAACAUGUGGGUGUCUCUGGCGGGGGCGAUCCUCUGCUGCGUGGUGAUGUUUGUCAUUAACUGGUGGGCGGCUCUGGUCACUCUGCUCAUCGUCCUCGCUCUCUACAUCUACGUCAGCUACAAGAAACCUGGUGAGAACAUUUUGAUUUGUUAUUAAAUAAUGUAGUAUAAUAAAUCUAGUCAGAUCCUCAUAACCUGUCGCUGCAUGAGUCAGGUAAGCCAUGAAAACAAUGGAGCUUUGAAAUGUUCAUCCUAUUAUCUGCCAGAAUGAAAAGUUUUAUUGCAGUCAACCAAAAAUCUCCAGUGCCUGUAUUCACACGCAUUCUGAGUUUGUACUGUCAGUUUGUGUUUUAAAACGUUUUACAAGAUUUUUACCUUUCAAGUGUAGCUUACAGUGUGGGAUUUUAGUGCAGGUACUGUAAAUAUACUGCAAGAGAUGAAGAAUAUACAUUAGUUUUCAUUGUUUAUUUCCACCUAUAAAGCCAGCAAAGUCAGCAGAGCCCUCCUUGUCCCUCCUGUAGGUCAGUGUGGUGUAAAAAAUUUUAAACUUCAUCCUGAUCAAUUUGUAGAAGACUGAUCAUGGCUCCCGGAUACUCAGAUUCCCCUCCUUCUGCCAGUACGAGAGUCAUCUUUUCACCAUCUUUCCUCUCUUUUCUACAUAGAAGAAGUAUUUAUCUGUUGAGCAAACAUGACAGCCUGACAUCACUCAGCUCUCACUGUUCGCCCUGCACCACUGUGUCAGUGUGAAGGGUGGCGUUUGGGUGACAGCUAAAAAAACAAAGGAACAAGUCAGGUGCUCCACUGUGCCGUGUUUGUGCACAUGAAUGAGCAGCUGUACCAUACCAAAGUCCAACUGUGCCAGGACCAAGGUGGAGAACCAUGCCUGGGUGCAGUCAGCCAAACAAAAUGGACUUUAGGGGUCAUUAGAGGUCAAACAUGUCAGAGCACAUCAUGGACUGCCUAGCGUGAGUGCACCCUUAGUUUGUGUGAGUGACUGAGUUCUUUGAGCAUCUGCACAACAGUGGAGAAAAGCUUGUACCACUUUGCAAGUCUCUCUCACUUACCUUGAACCUUUUUUUUUAGUUUUUACCUUAGUGGAUAAAAAAUAUAUACAUUUUCUCUGAUCUAUUUCUGAUCUCUUUGAGACCAAAAGGUUUGCCUUGACUUUACCUUGGAUCACAACCAAGACAUUGAUAUCAUAUCGCAACCUGGAAUCUUCUACCCUCCCCUGACUCGUGGUUUUAUUCCCUGUAGAUGUGAAUUGGGGUUCGUCCACUCAGGCUCUGAUCUAUAACCAGGCCCUGACCCAUUGCCUGAACCUCACAGGAGUCGAGGACCACGUCAAAAACUUCAGGUCAGCUCACAGUGAGAAGAAAACUUAGAUCAGCAAUUACAGUCAAGAACAGAUCCAACUUUCAAGGGUUUGAGUGGAUUUAUAGUUAAAUUAUGAGAUGUGGAGAUGAUGUAAGUGUCAUGUUUUCAGACCGCAGUGUUUGGUGCUGGUGGGUUACCCAAACUCUCGUCCUGCUCUGGUUCAACUGGUUCACUCUUUCACUAAGAACGUUGGCCUCAUGGUCUGCGCUCAUGUCAAGACUGUAUGUACAUUUGAACAUCUAGAACAGAUUAUAUAUCUUGUAGAAACUGCUGGAAAGUUUCCUGCAGAAGUUUUAACAAGUCUCCUCCUGUAAUUAUCUCUCUUCUGUUCCAGGUGACCCGUCGGCCAAACUUUAAGGAGCUGUCUCAGGAUCACGCUCGCUGUCAGCGCUGGCUGAAUAAGAAACGAAUCAAAGCCUUUUACACUCCGGUUUACUCCGACAACAUGAGGCACGGGGCGCAGUUCCUCAUGCAGGUAUGAACACCUGGUACAAAAGAGAGCUCCUAGAUAUUUAUGAAAACAAGAUAUUGGCUGUCAGGUCCAACAAAAAACUAUGAAUGUUAUCUUAAUGUGGAUGUCAAAUCUCUGCUCUCUGAUUCUCAGGCGGUCGGUUUGGGUCGUCUGAGGCCAAACACGUUGGUCAUGGGUUACAAGAACAACUGGAGUGAGGGAGACAUGAGGAAUUUGGAGAUUUACAUCAACACAAUACAGUAAGGGAAAAUACGCCUAAGAAAAAGCCACGUUUUAUGAUUCAGUCUAUUUUCUUUGCAUUCAUUCAUAAGGAAUUUUUUAUUGAGAGCUGAGUAUUAGUAUCUGCUCUGUGUCACAGUGACGCCUUUGACCUGCAGUAUGGCGUGGCGAUCCUUCGGCUGCAGGACGGUCUUGAUAUCUCUCACAUCCAGGGACAGGGUAACUCUUUGUUUUUGUGUUUGUGAAAUAUCUUCUGCAUGAACUCCAUAAAUCUCCCUGUUUUUAUUCCUGCAGAUGAGCUGAUGUCCUCAAAUGAGAAACCACCAGGUGGUGGUAAGGAGGUGGUGGUUUCUGUUAAUCUGGCCAAAGACUCAGACUCGGACUCCGGCUUUUCAAAAACCACCAGCACCCAGAGCAGUCUCAUCCUGAGAGGUAAAAAAGGAGAAAGAGGGAGAGAAGUCUGUUUAGACCCAACAUGAACACCAAACGACUUCUUGGGCUCCGCCCACACAUACAUGGAUAUUUCUAAAAACAGACUUAAUUUCUGUGACUUCCUCCCUUCAGAGACAAAGAUCCCUCUGAGUUUGACCGACCAGCGUCUGUUAGAGACAAGCCAGCAGUUCAAGAAGAAACAGGGCAAAGGAACCAUCGACGUCUGGUGGCUGUUUGAUGAUGGAGGUAUGUUUUUAUGUCUAUAGAGAUGAAAAAGCUGCCUCAAAACUUUCUCUAGACUGAUUUUAAACAUCUUAAUAUGUCAACUGUGUUGCCUGUGCUUGGCGAGCAUAAGAAAAGGAAUUAAAAAGUGUCUAAGUACGUGUAGCUUUAGAUUUUGGAGGUGAUGGGAGCAGGGAAGAGUUUCUCUUACUGCCAAGAAGGAGGGAGAAAAGAAAAAGAAGAAUAAAAACUCCACGUUAACGCUGCUGAUCUUAAAGUGUUUGUGCCGUUUUGUUUGCAGGUCUGACUCUGCUGAUUCCCUUCCUGCUGACAAACAGGAGUAAAUGGGGUGACUGCAGGAUCCGAGUCUUUAUUGGUGGGAAGAUAAACCGUAUUGACCACGACCGCCGAGCGUGAGUCACCGUGGAGUUUUACAAAAACAUGAAAAAAGUUUGGCAUAUUCUGCUGUACUUUUCCUGUUCUAACUAGCCUUCACACUCUGUAUAUUUGUAAGUGCUCAUGAAUGUCUUUGUGCGCGCUUGUUCAGGAUGGCCACGCUGCUCAGCAGGUUCAGGAUUGACUUCUCUGACAUCAACGUCCUCGGAGACAUCAACACCAAACCCAAGAAACACAAGUAGGACCUCUGACAGAGUCCACCUCAGCUCUUUUAGCUCCUGUGUGAAAGUGAGUUGCUGUAAUAAAGUCUGUGUGCUCUCUGCAGUAAGCUGACGUUUAAGGAGCUGAUCGAGCCGUACAGGCUCAAAGAAGACGACAUGGAGCAGGAGGCUGCAGAGAGGCUGAAGGCUCAGGAGCCCUGGAGGAUCACAGACAACGAGCUGGAGCUCUACAAGGCCAAGGUACACUCAUACACUCACACACACACGCACACACACAGACAUAGACGUCACACUGCUGUUUGACAGGAAAUACUGACGAGAACAUGCUGUGUGGCUUUCAGACCAAUCGUCAGAUCCGACUGAACGAGCUGCUGAAGGAACACUCCAGCAACGCCAAACUCAUCGUCAUGUAAGGGAUCCAGAUUCUGUCACUGACAAAAUAACCAUCACACAUGUAUGAUAUUUGAGUUUGUUUAGUGGAGAAAGUAGCACUCAUAUGGUUUACGUAUGUCAAAGUAAUUUUACAUGUUUAGGUUUAUGAGCAUAAUCAGAAGAACCUGGUAAAAGCACUUAAAUUAGAAAGCUGUUGAUUGUAGUGUUGAUUUCCUUUUAGGUUUAGAGUAAGGAUACAAGAGGACUUUUUUAGGUCUUGGCAUGUCAGUUUUUUUCCUGCAAAACUCAUGCGGGUAAAUUGAACAGCGUGGCAGAGCUGAAAGAAAAUUCAACAUCCAGAGGGGUGCUGAGAAGCCAUUUUUGAGAAUCUUAAAACUAAUGAAGAAUUUAAGUUUUUAAUAGGCUUGACAACUGUUCAGGAAACGGAAAAUUCUGGAGCAUUUCAUGUCCUCUGGAUCUGUAAUGAUUAAGGCUGCAGGAAAAAAGGAAAGAAGGAAGACAGAAAGAGAUAGAAAGGAAGGAAAGGAGAAGGGGAAGGAAGUAGGAGAGAAGACAGAAAAAGAAAAAAGAGGAAAGACAAAAAAAAAAGGAAAAAAAGAAAGAAGAACUGUAUUUAUCUCUCAGGGAAAAUUUUAAUGAUCUCAGUUCUCAUGUCUUAAGUUUUAUGCCAUCUUUUAUUUACAGUUAAUUGUAGAGUCUGGUGGUGUUGGGUAAAAAAGACAUAGCCAAAGAAAUAAAAAAUAAAAAAUAAAGGUAUAGAAACUAAAAAAGAAAAGCAUCAAAUAAAAGAGAAAAUAAAAGAAGGAAUAAGACUGUAAAAGAAAGUAAAAUGAAAAAAGAAAGAGAGUAAGGGAGAGAGAAAAAAGAGAGAGACUGAGAAAAAAUAGACAGAGAAAAAGAAAUUAAGAAAAACAAAUAUUGCUCCUGCAGUGUUUGAUUCACAGAUCCAACUUACUUUAAAACAACCAAAUGAAGAAAUAAGCCACCUGAACCUGGAGACAUGUAAAGAACACCACAAUUUACACCCUGACAUUUAGAUUACAGGAUGUGCUGUUUCAUAUGUGGCCUAAUUAUAAAGUAAAGAACUAAGACAUACAUAAUUGAAAGAAGUGCACUAGUGUUAUUUAAGACCCUUCUUAAGAAGAACUUUAUUGAUAAGAAAACUUCAUUGACUUUAUUAACUUUAACUUUCUUCUUUUGGGACGGUUGCAUUCAUUUUUAUAUAAGUAGAGGGAAGAACAGACGGCGGCUGAUUGGUGGAUGGGGCUCAGGGAAACUGACUUGUGACACUGCUUGAAGGGACUCCCACACGCUUAGGAUGUCCCAUGCUGACCAACAGCUGGUUGUCUCCUCUAUCUACAUACCAGGGACAGAACUAUAUAGUAUCCAAUCAGAGUGAGAACAAGAAAACAAACAGACCAAUAAUCUGUGAAUCUUGGAUAUUUUUUUUUCAGCUAGUCUUCCUAGUUACUUUCAUAUAAUUCCUGUAUAUAAUCCAAAGCUUUUUUUAAAAAGUUUUCAUUUCUGCUAUAACUGGUUUUAAUCUGCAGUGAGGACCCUCAUGUUUCUUAUAAAUUACCUGAGUAUUUUCUUUGAUAGUCCGUGCCCUCUCCUCAGUCUGAACAUGAAUCUCUCUCUGCAGGAGCAUGCCUCUGGCCAGGAAGGGCACGGUGUCCAGUGCUCUCUACAUGUGCUGGCUGGAGACUCUGUCUAAAGACCUCCCCCCUCUGCUGCUGGUCAGAGGAAACCAACAGAGUGUCCUCACCUUCUACUCGUAG